GUCUACAGAUUUCCAACGCCGCCCCCUGUCUUCUUCUUCGUUCUUCUUCUCCGAUCGAGCCAAGGCCGCCAAUCGCAGAACCCCAUCGUCGUUCCUUCUUCUCCGAUCAGCGCCAGCGCGCCGGCACCAAGGGAUUCUCUCUCUCCCUCUCUUGAUUUCUAGCAGCUUCCUCCAUCAGCAGCAGCGACCGGCGGUUUUGCUCGACCAGCGCCGGCGACGGCAAUUCCUCUGAGGAAUGACGAGAGAACAGCCGGCAAUCUCCAGUGGUGCCUACAGACGAUAGGCGAAUUCAAGCGGCUGGGCAAAAACUCCGGCGAAGCGCAGCGGCGAUCGACGACUUCUCUCCGGCGACCGGACAACCACGGUGACCCAGCAACUUCGGCAACCUCCGGGCCAUGAAGGUCAGAUUCGGGCAGUGAUUUUUGACCAUGUACAGAGGAAGAUGAGACUGAGCCGCAACGAUGACAGAUCCGGGCAGGCUUGGGCAGUGGCGAGCUUGCUUGGGUAGCAGUACCGGACUGUGCAGUAGGGUACGGGUGACUACAUCUACGCUCCGUUCGAGUCAAGUUCUCUCUCUAAUCAAAUUGAACCCAAUCGAGAUCCGCUUCGGCUAUCACAUCUCCACCGAGAUCACGAGGACAAACGUGUUGGCAGCCCACUCGUUCAGCUCUGGUUCAUCUCCUGGUUGUCACGAUCUGUUUUUCAUUGUAGGACUCCUUUUUCAUGUAGAUCGCAACUUUUCUUCACGCAAGGGAAGCUCCUGGACGCGACGGGAAUGCUCUACAUCAGCGUAUAUUCUUUUUUUCCCUCUCGAUCGCUCCAAGUAAUUCCCAGGGACCUGCUGUGUUUUUAUAGGUCUCUCUUAACACAAUCCUAGUAGGAGUAGGAUAGUAGAAGUUGGCUUGAACUCUACUUCCUUAAUCUUGAUCCACAGCCCUUUUUCCUAUUUGCUACACGUAGGUGGUUGUGGUAGAUUGAUUCUGGAAUCCAUACCGGAGAGCAUCAUGACGGAGGAGAUGUACGGAUGCAGAGAUUUAAUGUUUGAUUUAAUUAUAAGGCUUCCGCACUGUUUGUAUAAACUCUGAUAUGUAUUUAAAUUAAUUUAAGCUGUUUGAGUUUUAAAUUAAAUGUUUUUAAAAUUUGUUGAAAAAUAUUUCGGCGGAGUUGGGAGUAAUCGUUGCCGGAAGUUUCAUUCGAAAAAUUUUAUAACCUUCAUUAAGCUUCGAGGUUGAUAGAGAGAAUGCUGUGACGUGAUUCCAGAAGCAGACGGAGGCUAGAUUGUCGGAAUGGAUGUGAUGGUUUUGAAUUGAAGAACAUAAAUAAAUUAUGAUUACAAUU